CUCUCCCCCUUAGGUGCCGGGAGCAGCGUGCACCACAAGUGCAACAGCGCCAAGCACCGCAUCAUCUCUCCCAAGGUGGAGCCGCGGGCGGGCGCGGGCUACAGCAGCGCCCACUCCGAGGUGCAGAACAACGACGUGUCGGAGGGCAAGAACGAGCACAGCCACGGAGGGGGCGGGGGCAAGGGGGGCGGGGCCGGCGGAGGGGGCGGCGCCCGGGAGAAGCGCAACGGCAAAGUGCCGAAGCCCGUGCUGCUGCACCAGAACAGCACCGAGGUCUCGUCCACCAACCAAGUGGAGGUGCCCGACACCACGCAGAACUCCCCCGUGUCCAUCAGCAGCGGCCUGAACAGCGACCCGGACAUGGCCGACAGCCCAGUGGUGACGGGGAUGAGCCACGUGGCCUCGGUGAUGAGCAGCCUCUCGCAGAGCGCAGCCGUGUUCAUGUCGGAGGUGACCGGAGACCCGAUCUACAGCAUGUCUCCCACGGGGGGCCCCAACGCCCACCUGAUGGGGCCGGACGCCGCCUCCCAGGGCCUGGUCCUCGCUGUGACCUCCGACAGCCACAAGUUUGCCUUCCCCGGGUCGGGCGCGGGGGGCAGCGGGGGCGCGGGGGCCUCCGAGGGGCUGGCGAUGCUGUCGGCCCCCGGGGUGUCCGAGGAGCUGGUCCUUUCCAGCAGCCUGGAUUCCAGCGGCAUCAAGCUGCCCGAGACCACCGUGAACUUUGAUCCAGACUGCUUCCUCAACAACCCCAAGCAGGGCCAGACCUACGGGGGCAGCGGGCUGAAGGGCGAGGCGGGCUCCUCUGGCACCUCGUCCUCCUCCUCGGUGGGUCCCAGCAGCAGCAGCAGCAGCAGCAACGGCGGACUGCGGCGCUCCCCUCCCGUCUCCGACUCCGGGUACGGCUUCGGCACCUCACUGGUCAAGACGGAGAUCAAGACGGAGGACACCUCCUUCGAGCAGCAGCUGGCCAAGGAAGCGAGCUACCAGGUGGGGUCGGUCGUGAGCGGCGCAGGGGGCGGCCCGGGCUCCGCGGGCCCUGGAUCGGCACAGGGCUCCCUCACCCUCACGCCUGCCAGCUCCCUGCUGCCCUCCGGGGGCGGGCUCAGCCCCAGCACCACCCUGGAGCAGAUGGACUUCAGCGCCAUUGACGCCAAGCAGGACUACUCCUCGUCCUCGGUGUCCGGGGGGUACGGGCAGGCCAUGUCCAGCCCCCACCUGGCCCAUCAGAGCCGCUCGCCCAGCUUCUUCCUACAGGAGCCCCCCCCGCCCCCCCCGCAGUCCAGCAGUCAGCCGGGCGCCGCGCAGAAGACCCACCUGCUGGACCAGAACUCCCACGACUCCGGCGCCGCCUUCCUGGGCCUGCAGGUGGUCAAGACGGAGUCGCCGGGCAGCGGCGGCAACAACGGGCACCUCCACCACCACCACGGCCACCAGAGCCAGCACGCGGCCUCCAGCUGCAACGGGGGCUCCCCGGCCGAGGGCCCCGGCGCCGGCCAGCAGGCCUCCCUGCAGCUGCUGCAGUACCAGGGCGGGUUCCCCCCCCUGGGGCCGGAGCACGAGGAGGUGGUGGCCCUGGAGCCGCAGGGCGGCGCUGGCGGCGGGGCCGGCUCGCUGGCCUACAUGCACGUGGCGGAGGUGGUGUCGGCGGCCGUGGCGCAGGGGGCUCUGGGAAUGCUGCAGGCCACCGGCAGGCUCUUCAUGGUCACCGACUACUCCCCCGAGUGGUCCUACCCCGAGGGUGGAGUGAAGGUGCUGAUCACCGGUCCCUGGCAGGAGGCCAGCAGUAGCUACAGCUGCCUGUUUGACCAGAUCUCGGUGCCUGCCUCUCUAAUCCAGCCAGGUGUACUGCGCUGCUACUGCCCUGCUCAUGACACUGGCCUGGUGACUCUGCAGGUGGCUGUCAAUAACCAGAUCAUCUCCAACUCUGUGGUGUUUGAGUACAAGGCCCGCGCGCUGCCCUCCCUGCCCUCCUCUCAGCACGACUGGCUCUCCCUGGACGGUAGGACCCCUUCCUGAGGUUAUCUGGUGGCGUCUGAGUCUAUCGGGGAGAUACUCCGUGGUGCCUCACCUGUUACUCCACGAGAGUCUGAAUGCUGCAUGCGGGCGUUGGGGCUGCGGCAGGUUACGCUGGGCAGCCGAGCCAGCCCUGGAG